AUGAACAUGUCUCUUUCUUAUGGGAGGUCAUUUCAGCAGCUGUAUCGGCACGAUGUAAUCAUUUAGAAAUCAGAGGCAGGGAUUUGCUCUUACACAAGCCUGGAUUAAUGAACAACACUAAAACUUUCCUGGUCUUUAAAGAGAGCUCACUGACAGUCAGAUUCAGGUCCAAAGAGAAGGUGAUCUGACUUGCUGAAGACCUUAUUCCUGGGAGGAGAAUGAUAAAGCAAGUGUUGAUUUCUGCUGCGUGUGGUGUUGUCGCACUGGUCAUGGGCAUACUAAUCGGCCACUAUGGUAUUGCCAAGAGCAGCGACUCAACACCAUCCUGGGUGAAUGAUGUGGCGAAGGAUGUGGACGAGAGCUUCAUUGAGAAGUUCUUGUCUGAGGUGGACAACAUCCAGAUUGAGGAGAACCUGAAGGAGCUGACAAAAGUGCCCCAUAUGGCCACCACAGCUGGAGACGAGCAGACAGUGCAGCUGAUGCUAAAGAGAUGGCAGGACCCCGAAAGUGGCCUGGACAAGGCCUGGAGAGAGGAGUAUAAGGUCUACCUGUCCUUCCCUGACCCAAAGAACCCCAACAAGGUCACUGUAGUGAGCCCGUCUGCUACUGUGCUGCACACUGUCAGAGAAAAAGAGAAGAGUUAUAGUUCAGACCAAAAUGAUCCUGACGUGGUUCAGCCAUACGCUGCAUACUCCCCUGCUGGACACGCAAAGGGGAAACUGGUAUACGCCAACCAGGGGAAGGCAAGUGACUACCAACUCUUGAACCAGACAGUGGACCUCAGGGGGACCAUCGCUAUCACCAGAUACGGAGGAGCAGGAAGAGCUGCUAAAGCCAUCAAUGCAGCACCGUACGGUGUCGUUGGCGUGCUUGUCUACACAGACCCUUUGGACAUCAACGAUGGUCUCAUGUCAGACGUCAACGAGACGUAUCCUCACUCCUGGUACAUGCCGCCUUCUGGUGUGGAGAGGGGUUCCUUCAACAGCCACUUUGGAGACUUACUCACACCCUACCUGGCUGCCAAAGAGGAUACCUACAGAAUUCCUCCUGAGGACAUAACAGGAAUCCCUCCCAUUCCCAUUCAACCAAUCGGAUUUGAGGAUGCCUACGUACUAAUCUGUCAGCUAGGUGGAGAAGCAGCUCCGGCUGAAUGGCAGGGAGCAUUCAACUGUACCUACAACUUUGGUGGCCCAGGAUUCAAACAUACGUCUGCUUUCACCAACAGUGAUGUGAAAAUGGACAUCUUUAACUGGGAAGAGGUGAAGAACUCCUCCAAUGUGAUGGGAGUGAUAACAGGGAGUGUCGAGCCAGACAGGUAUGUGAUCUAUGGGAACCACAGGGACAGCUGGGUUCAUGGCGCCAUCGACCCGAGCAGUGGGACAUCAGUCAUGCUGGAACUGACCAGAGUGUUGGGAAAGAUGGUCAAGCAGGACAAAUGGAGGCCUCGUAGGUCCAUAAUCUUUGGAAGCUGGGGAGCAGAGGAGUUCGGCCUUAUUGGGUCUGCAGAAUACACAGAGCAAUACUUCACCAAGCUCAGUGAACGAGCUGUUGCUUACAUCAAUGUGGACAUAGCUGUCUUUGCCAGUGCCACUCUGAGAGCUUCAGGGAUGCCAUCAGUGCAGAACGUCAUCUUCGAAGCCGCUAAACAGGUCAACGCACCCGGACUGGAGUCCACAUCUGUGUAUGACAACUGGAUCCGGUAUACCAACAGGACAAGCCCGACACAUGGCAUCAUUCCCAGGGUGGGAUACCUGUCAGGAGCGGGGAGCGAUUACGCUGCCUUUGUCCAUUACCUGGGAAUCACAUCCAUUGACAUGUCAUACACAUACGACAGGAGUAAAACAAAUGCUCGGAUUUACCCUGCGUACCACACAGCAUACGACACCUUUGACUAUGCCUCAAAGUUCAUUGAUCCUGGAUUCGUCAGUCACCAGGCCGUUGCCAGAACUGCAGGAAACAUCCUGAUCCGACUGGCUGACAGUCUUUUGUUACCAUUAAACUGCAGUGACUACGCUGAGAGUCUUGAGGACUACCUGAACACAGCAGUGACCUUAUAUGAGCAUCAGCUGCAAUCUAGGAAAAUCUCCAUGGAACCGCUAAAACGUGCAGUGGCCAACUUUCGCAGUGCAGCUACUCAUUUGGAUCAGGUCAUUCAUAGCAUGGACCUGGCAAAUGAAACACCGCUGAAGGUCAGAAAAAUCAACGAUCAGCUCAUGCUGCUGGACCGAGCUUUCUUAGACCCUCUGGCCUUCCCUGAUAAAUAUGCAUACAGGCAUGUUAUCUGGGCUUCAAGUAGUGCUGGCAAGUCAACCUUCCCAGGUCUGGCUGAUGCCUACGCCAGUGCUGAGUCAUCAGGUCAGUCCAGAGACUGGGACAAAGUGCACUACCACCUGUCAGUGCUGAGCCAGGCCAUCGAUGGUGCCGCCAACACACUGGUCGAUGUCAUAUAGACGAAGAGGGAAGAACUGCAAACUGUCAAGGAUUUUUUGAAAAAAGACAAGGAUCUGCAGACAAUGAGAAGUGGUCAGUCGGGCCCUGAUGGGACUAUUUAUGGAUGAUAUUAAAGGAGACAAUUUAGGAAUGAAUGAACAAAGCUCACCACCACAACGACAGUAACAUGAAUGAUGUCUUCUGUCUUUGUCACAGGAUUAAAAUAUUUAAAUAUGAUUCAUCUUUUUCAUGAAUGCACUUCAUUAAAAAUUAACUACAACACUUGUUGGUAAUA